UCGAAAAGAAACAAACCAAUAUGACGAUUUUAUAAAAGUCAUGCUCAGUUUGACACUGCAGAUUGAAAAGUUUUGUUGGACUACAUCACAAGUAAUAAAUAGAGGCGGCACCCGUAGAAUUAGUUUAGCUUUUGGUGCAUUUUCUGGUGCAUGUAGUGUUUUCCAUUCAAUUGAUAUCCAUAAUUUGCAUGGAGCUCUUGUGUUUCAAAUGAUUGGUCGCUAUGUAUUUUUCUAUUUAGUCCAUCUCUUGACCGAUGCACUUUAUAUCAUGUUGGAAAUUGGGAAUAUCGAAUUACCUGGUUGUUUUGUUUGGAAUGCCUAAAAAGGUGAUUCACUUACUGCUUACAAUAUCUUGGUUUAUAAAUCCAUUGAUCAAUUGUUCAGCGUGAUAAAGUUUGAUUAAUAACUAUAGGGAAUGACAAUGCCAUAUACUUUAUGAUAUAAACCUUUUCACCAGCAAGCCGAAGAAAACAAAGGUGUAUCUGAAGCCUGAUCACAGUGAUAUAGGGUAUUUAAAGUUGGUGAUGCUGUCCAAUGCAGCUUUUGACGUAGUU